AUGCGAUCGCACGGAGCCCGGAAUGUCUGCGCGGCUCUAGCAAAGCGAGAGGUGGUGGGACGACCUACCUGCAAGCUAAAUCUACCGCGCCAAACUCUCAGCUUGCGACAGGUAUUUCGCCAGGAACAAGGGGGCGUUCUAUUAGGCUUUUCCAGCGAUGGGAACUUCCUCGUGUAUUGCGUCACUUUGGGCGCGCACUACGUGGUGCAAUGGAGACGAUUUAAAUUCCGAGAUUUUUAUGGUUGGAGAGAGGACGGAGAAGUUCCUCACAUUGCGUUCAAGCUUUCAGUGGAUGGAGGGGCUACCGCCUACGGAGUGAGCACCCUUUUGGAGGUAUGGCAGACUGUAGACGAUAAUUUGGUACUCACCGUUACGGCUGAAGGUUUGACGGAAGAUCGAGAGAUUUCUCGACUAUGUCGAGUGGUGGUGGCUCCGUCGCCUAUGUUCGACGAUGGCGGGCUCGCUGUUUCGGUGACGAGCUUACGUUUCGAGUUUGGCCAGCACGUAAACUCACAGAAAAUGGAGAGUUGGCAGUUGAUGCAGCUUGUGAAGGGGAGGACGAAUGUCUACCACUUGCUCGUUAAUACUGGGACUGCGGUGCACGUUCUCGUUUUUCAUACUUGGAGAAAACGAUACAGGCGAAGUGAAACGGAGUCGCAGUUUGAAGAACUAAUUGGAGUGACUCCAAGAGGUCUGGGGAUCUCAUAUUUCAUUCAAAAUGCUUGGUAUUAUCCAUCAGUUUCUCCGAUCAAAUUCCAAAAAGUGACGGAAUGUCGGCCCUACAAGGCAGAUGCGGUCUUCAAGGCAGGCGUUACGUGCAUCUGCCAGCAUCUUUUCGACGUCGAGCGAUUUCUCGGAGAGUUUUUGGAGACAUUCAAACCACUUCAACACUAUAACCUCAUAGAUUAUGAUUUGCGACUUGUUCGGGCGAGCACAAUGGAGAAAACAGUAUUUAUGACCUGCGUUAUGGCACUUACACCAUCGAAUACUAACCCUCCACGGCCAAGCACUCAACAUCUCCGAGCGGCUCUUUUCCUCAGCUUAGAGCUUUUCACUGGAAUUUACCACGUCGUUCGAGUAUUGAAAGUGCCUGGAAAUGGAGACCUGCGUCAACUCGCACAAGUCGUCGCUCGGAGAUUUCUGGCGGACUUGAAUACUCGAGUACCACCAGACCCAGUUGCGACGACAUGGGAUAACGAGGCCUUUAUACGUGAGGAAUCCCUUCAAGAACUUAACAAUCCGGUCUAUCCACUCUCAAUAUCGAGAGCCUGA